AUGUACAUCGCGUUCAAGUGGCUGAUUGGUUUGACUCUCGCUAUGUGGCUAUCUAUGUGUACCCUUGAUAUCAUUGUCAAGAGAAACUUUGAAACUAAACAGGAGGGUCUUAACACGAAGAUAUCACAAAUUGCCAGAAACACAACGAUUCCAUUAGCCGAUGAAGUGCAGUUACAAACCAACAAAUAUUAUAAGCAUGUGCCCGACAAGCCCUCAAGAGUCACUGUAAUGCCAUGCAUUAUGUUCCUCGCCGGAGCUCUCGUAGUAUCCUUGUACAAUAGAAAAAACGAAAUCAUUAUACUUAUUAAACAAAAAAUUUCUGAAGUAAACACUAGAGCUGUUAUCGAAAAAGUGCAAGAUUAUAUCAAAGUAACUCUAUAUAAAAUAUCUGAUUUAAAAAUAACUUCCGUCAAAUUAAUAAGCUUGCAAAUGAGCAAUAAAAUAUUAAGUUUAUGGAACCGAUUCUCUGUGUUGGUAACAAGGAAAGAUCCAAGGGUUAAUCUUUUAUUACUCAAGAAAUUGCAAGAAGUUGGCGAAGAGAGAAAAAAUUUAGGCCAGCUCUUGAUAGCAGCUAUCCAUGAAAACAAAAACAUUAGAAUGCAAUAUGAGUUAGAAAUGUUGGCAAAAAAUAAACUUGCCAGGCACAUUGAGAACACACAGAAGGUGUUAAAAGAAAAUAGAUCAAAAUACGUCAGUUUUCAACAGUUAUACUUAGUUACACAUCAAGAAAACUCAUUCUUGAAGUGCCGGGUAAAAAAACUCGCAAAAGAAAAAGAGGAAGCCGAAAAAAAUCUGUUGGAAUUAGUAAACGAGGUAUACAAAUCCACAAAUAGUCAGUUAAAGGCUUUCUGCAGUAAAUUUAUAGUAAGGACAACCGAUAACUUAUUGAACACAGACGUGGGCGCCGAGAUACAAAAGUUUUUGGACAAAUCGCGAUCAACUUCAGCUUCCUCUUCAAAUUGGCAGUUAUCUGAACUCUCAAGUAAUUCCUCAAGUAGUUGGCCCAUAAGUGUAAAUACGCGGUUUGCAGAAAUAGUUCAAGACGAUGUUCUAGUACCGUUAAUAUCUGACGCUCCCAAAAUGAAGGGGCUUCCCGGUGAAUAUGUCUGGACAGUCAAAGACAAAGACGGUCUGAUAGAAAAGUUGUACGAAUAUGACUAUGAGACUGAUUUAAAUGACGGAGAAACUAUUAAAAGAAUAAGGCAAUAUUCCGUUUAUUACGACAAGGAUUGUUUAUUGGAUUUCAUGAGUUCAGGCACUGUAAUAAAUGACCCACGAUGCCAGUCCCGAUGCGUGGGUGUGGACUACCCUAUAACAACUCAAGGUUUUUUAACGGGUUCCGAGGCGUUUCAAAAAUUCCUGCAGAACAGUAUUAUUAUAACAAACUCUACACCACAAUUAACGGGACCGCCGUUGCAGAACGGUUGA